GUAUCAUUGGCUUGCAACUAUUAUAUCUGAAAUAGAAUAUGUAUAUAAAGUUGAAGAAUAUCAUCAAGAAAUAAUAAAAAUUAUAAAUGAUAUAAUUCUAGUUCAUAUAGUUCAAAUAGAUUCUAUAAUACCAAAUGGUGCUUAUCAAUUACUUAAAAAUAUUUUACUUGUUUUAAUUCCCAAAUUACCAUAUGGUCUUUCACCAAUAUUAUAUCUAGGAGAUGUUAUUCAUGUCAAAUUAAGUGAGAAUGGUAACAAGUUGGUAAUAUCAUAA